UUGAUGAUAUUUUUGGCCCUCGCGAUAGGGCGUUUGUCCGAAGGGACUGCGGCCAUCUCUUCCAGUCCACCCCGCUUGCUUGGGGACGAAGUGAGACGAGAGGGAGGGAGGUAGCACGCCAUACGAGACCCCGUCGCACCCAAUUGGAUCGUUCUUUGCCGAUCCCUCUUCCGUGCGGUUCGUCCUUCCGUCGGUCGUCUCUUGUCAACGGUUCGAGGUGCGGAUCUUGAAUCCUCCGACUGCAGAGCCCGAUCGCACUAGCCCCCUUUUCGGUCCGUGUCUUGUUGAUUGAUAUUAGUUUUCCAGCUUCGCUUGUUGAGGCUAUCGUAAUAACACUGGAGGUCUUCUAUUUUGAAGUUAGAAUGAGUUACCGGUGGAGAUUUCCCGACUUCGAUUUCCAGGGUCUUUUUUCUUAGAGGUGAGGAGCAACCUGCAAAAGAUUAAUUCUUAUGAUCCCUGUAUAUUAAGGAAUUUUUAUCUUGGUCGAAAAUGGCAGCAUGUCCUGCUUCUAAGUUAACCAUCUUCCAUGGCAGUCUCGUCAUGGGGAUUCUUCCCUUCCAGUUUUAGGUAAAUGGAGUAAGAUAAAAGCAAGCUGGUAAAGUGAUUGGAUAAGUGCUGAAUGUUUCAGUAUAUUCAAUGGAUGCUAGGAAAGGAGUUGGCUCAGCAAGCCAAAGACCUAAACAGUAUCCACCAAACUCUACUGAUGCUAAUGUUAGACCAUCAGAGGUUAGUGUAUCAAGUGUUGCAAGGCCUGUUCUGAAUUACUCAAUUCAGACCGGUGAGGAGUUUGCUCUUGAAUUUAUGAGAGAACGGGCAAUGUCCAAGAAGCCUGCUGUCCAGAAUGCACCUGAGGAUCAAAGUAUAACCACUAGUUACAUGGACAUGAAGGGUGUGCUGAGUAUACCACACAUGGGGUCUGAAAGUGCUUCAGAUCUUUCAGCGCUUGUUGCCGGAGAUAAUCGUCGUUUGAAGGAGACUGAGAAGAACAACUUCUCUGAAACUGAACAUAAAGGUCAUUAUGCAUCAUCAAGGUCAAUGCCACGAGUAUCAUCUAGUGAGGGAAGCAGUCGAACAGUUCCUCAUGGGUAUACUUCUUCAGAAGCUUCUGAUAUCUUAUCGAAAAGAUUGAAAUUUCUUUGCAGUUUUGGUGGUAAGAUUUUACCUCGACCUAGUGAUGGAAAACUGAGAUAUGUGGGAGGUGAUACACGUAUUAUACGAGUAAGCAGGGAUAUUUCAUGGGCGGAACUAAUGCAAAAGACAAUGGCAAUAUAUGGUCGACCUCAUACUGUCAAGUAUCAACUGCCUGGGGAGGAUUUGGAUGCCUUGAUAUCAGUUUCUUGUGACGAAGAUCUACAGAAUAUGAUGGAAGAGUACAGUAUUCUUGAAGGUGGUGAGGGAUCACAGAAACUCAGGGUGUUUCUAUUUACUUCAGAUGAUUCUGAUGAUGUGCACUUCAGCUUUGGCAGUAUGGAGGGUGACUCAGAGAUCCAGUAUGUUGUUGCGGUCAAUGGCAUGGAUUUAGGAUCUGGAAAAGCAUCAUAUGGGCAUGGAUUGCCAAGCACAUCGACUAGUGACUUGGAUCAGUUACUUAAUCUCAAUAUUGAGCCUGAAAGGGCUCGUGCUUACACAAUUGCGACUCAGUCAGCUGGGUUUGCUGCUGAUCCUAUAGCAUCUCCUGCUACAUUAACUCCAGCAUUGCAGGCAAGCUCAUCCACUGACUAUGGUAGCUAUUCACAGGGUUUUGAGGACCACAGAUAUCAUUAUGUUGAAGGUGAACACUAUGCUUACAGUCCCAUCAAUCCUCCAGACAGGUAUCCAUAUUCAAAUAGCAGAAUCUCCAUUCCUCUACCUGCACCAUCUGAUUAUCAAUAUAGCUCCAACUAUACAGCGACUAGUACUUCUACUCAGCCAGGCCAACAAAUCCUUUAUCAAGCCGUACCACAAGUUCCACACAGUGGUAUAAGUCCAUUUGAUAAAGAGACUGUAAAGAAGGAUGCAAAAGUGGCAGUUGAUGGUUCCUCUCACAGAAAAACUGAAAAUGAGCAUCCUGGCCCCCACAAGAAUGAACCUAUUUCGACCAUACAGCAGCAUGAUAUUACAGUUUCAAGCUAUAUGCAUUCAGAAAGUAUGGGCGUUGUUGCUGCACCGGAGAAUUCAACGUCUCUGCCACCUUCAAAAAGUAAAGGGAAACAGCUGGAGCCUGGACUUGGUUCAUCAACCAAUGCUGCAAAUGUUGCACAUGGAUCUGACCUUAAUGAACAUGACCAAUACUCCUCUAAUGGAGCUUUGAUGUCUGGUUCUAUUGAUGAUGAAGCCAAUGUCACCGAUGUGAGCUGCAAUAAUCCACCUUCACGCCCUUCCCGAGGUUACCAGUCUGAGAGGCUUCCUCGGGAGCAAGCAGAAUUCCUAAAUCGACUAUCUAAAUCUGAUGAUUCCAUUGGUUCUCAAUAUCUGAUAAAUCAGGCAUGCCUGAUUGCAGCUCAAGAAUCCAUCCCAGAAGUAACUGACACCGUACUUGAGGGAGAUCUGGGCUCACAGACUGAUAAGUUUUUAUCAUCUGCAAAGCCACCACGCCCUAGCAAUGCAACUACUGAACAUAAAUAUAAGAAAGAAGGAAAUACAAUCACUCAAGCUAAUAAAUUUGAACCUGUCUCCACUGCACAAGGGUCAGAAAGUGCAAAGUUUUCUCAACCUUUGAUUCCUUUGACCAAUCAUAAUAUGCAUGAUCUAAAUGAAGGUGCUGUAAGUUCAGUUGUUCAGGCAGGGCUUGGUCAAAUUGAUGCUAUCACUGAUGAAAAAAGUUAUAAACAAGGGGGGAAGAUCCAGAAGACUGAGUUUCAACAUGCACCUUUAAAGUCUGCAUAUGAUAAACCUACUAUCACUGAAGGCAUUGAAAAGGUUACAACUGUUGCUGAAACAGACAUGGUCAGAAUCAAUAUCAAAGAAGCACAUGCAGACGGAGCUUCUGUUAAGCCACAAGAACAUCCUUCCACUGUUCCUGACAUUCCAUGGGAGGGAAUACCUAACAAUGAUACAUAUAAUACCAAUGUUGAGCAUACCCCAGCAUUCAAUUGGGUGGAAAGUACUGUUGGAGCCAUCUCUCAGGACUCUUCUGCUCCCUCCUCAGAACGGAGAGAUAUUCUUAUUGAUAUUAAUGAUCGGUUCCCUCCUAACCUGCUCUCUGAUAUCUUCAAUAAGGCCAGGAUUGAUGAGGAUUUGUCAAAUAGAAAGCCCCUGCGCAAUGAUGAUACUGGACUCAGUCUGAACAUGCAAAACCAUGAGCCUAAGCGUUGGUCUUUCUUCAGAAAACUGGCCCAGGAUGAGUUUAAACAAAAAGAUUUUUCUCUUAUGGAUCAAGAUCCUAUUAAUUACACAUCUUUGCUUCCUAAAGUGGAAGAAGGGGUUUCUAACCCAGACCAGUGUGCACAAUUGGAAGACGAGAGAGUAGGUUUUUGUCGAAUUGAUCCCCAAAUUAAUUUUAAUGAGGGAAUGCAGGAAUCAUCUGAUACCAUUGUAGAGGAUCCCAACAUUUUGGACCCAGGUUAUAUUCCAUCACAGGCAUCUCAUCCACUUGGAAUGGACAAGGGGGAAGGUUUGCAGGUAGAGAAUCCUUUUACAAGGUUAGGAGAGACUUUUAGAACACAUAUUUCGGAGAAUGAGGAAUUGAAAUUUGAUGGUGGGGAAGUUGCUGAGUCGGUCUUAGACACUUCUGUGUAUGAUUUUGAUCUUAAUAAUCUGCAGCUAAUAAAAAACGAGGAUCUUGAAGAGUUACGUGAACUGGGUUCUGGCACUUUUGGCACUGUAUAUCAUGGAAAAUGGAGGGGCACUGAUGUGGCUAUAAAGCGAAUAAAGAAGAGCUGCUUUACUGGGCGAUCAUCUGAGCAGGAGAGACUGACCAUGGAGUUUUGGCGGGAGGCUGAAAUUCUUUCCCAACUUCAUCAUCCCAAUGUGGUGGCCUUUUAUGGGGUUGUAAAGGAUGGACCAGGGGGAACCAUGGCAACAGUAGCAGAAUUCAUGGUUAAUGGUUCUCUUCGGCAUGUUUUGUUACGCAAGGACAAGUAUCUCGAUCGUCGUAAAAAACUUAUCAUUGCCAUGGACGCUGCUUUUGGGAUGGAAUAUUUGCACUCUAAAAACAUCGUACAUUUUGAUCUGAAAUGUGAUAACUUGCUUGUAAAUCUUAAAGAUCAAUCACGUCCCAUCUGUAAGGUCGGUGAUUUUGGUUUGUCAAAAAUUAAACGCAAUACUCUAGUUUCUGGUGGUGUCAGAGGCACGUUACCUUGGAUGGCUCCAGAGUUAUUAAAUGGAAGUAGCAACAAGGUGUCUGAGAAGGUAGAUGUGUUCUCUUUUGGUAUUGUUAUGUGGGAAAUCCUCACGGGAGAAGAGCCUUAUGCCAAUAUGCAUUAUGGUGCAAUUAUAGGAGGUAUUGUGAAUAAUACAUUGAGGCCUCCGGUACCAGCUACGUGUGACCCGGAAUGGAGAAAGCUUAUGGAGCAGUGCUGGGCCCCUGAUCCACUGCAAAGGCCAUCCUUCGCCCAAAUAGCUGCUUGUUUGCGAGGUAUGUCUGUUGCCAGUCAGGUGAAACCAGGCAAAUAAACUAGUUGUCCACUUCUAGUAUACUACCACUCGUGCUGAAUUAUUGAGCCUAUUCCUUUCUAUUGUAUGUUCAGUGGAAUAUAUGUGUAUGUUGUUUGAGCGUAUGCCUAAACUUGUUAGAUUGGUGCUUUGCUUUUCUUUCUUUCUUUCUUUCUUUCUUUCUUUCUUUCUAUAUAUAUAUAUUGUAUGUUCUGCACCAUAGAGGAUCAUGUUAUGUGUUUACAACUUGUAUUUACUCAAAGAAGUUGGAUUUAUGAGCUACCUC